ACUGUUCAAAAUUUAUAUUUAAAUCAAUAAGUAAAAUUAUCCAUUUUUACGUUUUCAAUAGAAGAAUUGCUUCUAAAAUUCAAAUAAUCCAAUACGAUUAAAAUCCAUACAUAAACAUAACCUAUAAGAUAGUUUGGAGACUUCAAAUUGUAAAUGCCAAAUAUAGGAUAUAAUCUCACUUACAAUGUACAAUAUGUUAAAAAAAGUUCUUAAAUUAUAUCACCCCGUAAGAUUUUGUACGAGUUCCGCCUCUAAACACACACUUGAGAAUUUGCAGAAUAGGACGUUGGUGCAAGUUGAAGGUAACGAAGCCUCGGACUUCUUGCAAGGCUUGAUUACCAAUGACAUGCAGCAUUUAAAAGAUGGACCAGGCAGUAUGUUCGCAAUGUUUCUCAAUACUAAAGGACGUGUGUUGUAUGACGCAAUUAUAUACAGGGCGCAGGAACAAAAUGGUUAUUUAAUUGAAUGUGAUAAACAAAUAGCAGCAGCUUUAGAAAAACAUUUAAAGAUGUAUAGGGUGCGUCGUAAGAUUGAAAUCACUAACUUACAAGAUACAUAUGACGUUCAUGCCUUGUUCAAAUUGAGGGAUAUGAAGGAACUGUUGGACAAAAAUGUCAAUGUAAUUGAUGAUGGGUUCAUUGUGCCCUGUGACAAACUUAAUGCCACUCUACCAAAAUCAUCUUCAACUCUUUAUAAAGACUUAAUGUUGUUUAAAGAUCCUCGAAUAUCAUCUUUAGGUUCAAGAAUUUUAUCAAAGAAGGAAAUUAAUGUAAGAGAGCAAUUAAGUGAUUUGGUAGAAAUAGAUCAAUCAAGCACAAAAUCUUAUAAGUGGUUAAGAUAUGCAUUUGGAAUUGGCGAAGGUGUGGAAGAUUUACUUUCUGGAACCAGCUUUCCCCUUGAGGCAAAUUGUGAUUACUUACAUGGUGUUAGUUUUCAUAAGGGCUGUUAUAUUGGUCAAGAACUUACAGCACGUACACAUCAUACAGGUGUAAUUAGAAAACGAUUAAUGCCCCUUUAUUUUACAAAAGUUCCUAAAGAAUUUCCCAAAGAUCAAAUUAUUUUACAUGAGAAAGAAAAUUUAGGGAAGCUAAGAGGUGUAGAAGGGGAUGUUGGAUUGGCAUUGCUUAGAAUAAACAAGGCUUUGAAUUUUGGUGAAAUAAAUGUAGGAGAUGGUGUUGCCAAAGUCAUUAGGCCAACAUGGUGGCCUAUUGAAGCUGCAAAAGAGAGAGCUGCAAUAAAGAAGCUUUAGCUAUAGUUAAAGUUAUAAAAGAAAGCAGUGAGAUUGACAUUAUAUUUGUUAUAAUUGCAUAAAAAGACUGUAAGAUAGAAAAUUUAAUAUGUUAAAAAAGGCUGUAUAUUUAAAAAUUAUACAUAUUAAUAAAUGUCUUAAC